AUGUCUGACCAAGAAGUCGAAUGGUUUGUCCAGAUUUGGGACAAGCCUGGGACUCUGCAGGCGCGCUUCCAGCAUGGCGCGCAACACAUGGCUUACCACCAACCGAACCGUGAGACCGGCCGCCUGGUCUUUUCAGGCCCAACCCUUAAAAGUCAUCCUACUACCCCAGGGUCGCCCAUGGAAGUCACUGGCAGCGUGCUGGUCUUCAGGUUGGCAGGUGGAGAGCAGGAAGUACGCAACAUCUUGCAAGGCGACCCUCUUGGAAAGGCUGGAGUCUGGGACCUGGAUGGGGCGACGGUGACUCCAUUCAAAUUAUUUAGGCAGCCGAAGUAG